GCGGAGCGUGUGACACAGGAGGUGAUAAAUGCGACGGCGGUCGCGGGGAUUGGCUGCAGUCUUGCAGGCCGCACAUCGACAGAGAGAGCACUGGAGGAUCCUCAAUCAACAGCAUGGGCAAAGUGCACUUUUAUGCCGUCUGGUCUUUACGUGAAGCACCUCGACAAUUUAUACGAAAUGUCAACCGUACAACGUACCAGGUUCAGAUGCCGUUACCUUUACCGAAGCAGCUGAUAGUGUUUGGUUUAGGGGAAUGGUCAUGCUUCUCCAGUGAUUCGGAGAUCUCUGUGGAGGUUCUGCUGGGUCCAGAGGUCAAGUCACAGGUCAUCGGGACUCUCUCACCUCACUCCAGGUGUCUGAUUUGGCAAGGAGUUUGGACUCCUGAGCUUCUCGCUGAAGCCACACAGAGAGGCAGGAGAGGCGUUUACGCUAAAGUCAUGCUCAGCAUCCGUGGACAGGUGAGAUCCAGCUUAAUCAGCAGCACUCCACGAAUAACAAGGAAACGUCUAGCGCUGAACCAUUCCUCCAAUCCGUCCAGCACACUUCUCAGCAGCGGAGAGAGUCAUGAUAUCACCCAGAGAUCUCCUCCCGAGGGAAGCGUCAGCUAUGCAGAGCUGGGCAAAAGUAAAACGGAGACAGGAGAAAUCACUCUGCUUCAGGGUGUGUGGCCGAUGGACAAAACUCCAAGACGCUCCAUUAUAGGAAUAAAGGGAUAUAUUUGGAGUUCUGAAGAUCCAGAAAGCCCUCAGAAUCCAAACCGAGUUUCAAGCCCAAAGAAGCGCAAACUGUGUAAAAUGUCUGCAGUAGAUUUAGAGGACGAGAUGGCCGUCAAACGUGUGAAGAGCUGCAGGGCUGACUGCCCAUCAAAGCGCUGGAGCCACGCCAUGUGUUUGAGUGAUCCUGAAACGGCCAUUCUGAUUGGUGGAGAAGCUGAUGACCAGGCCAGUUGUAAAGAUUCUAUAUGGAAACUGGAGAUUGAUAAUGAUUUCUGGUUCCCCAUGGACGUCUCAUCGUCUGAGAGAGACGCCCAGCGAUACAGUGAUAUUUAUAUACUGGACACUAUAACUUGGAAAUGGAAGCUUGUUUCUGCAAAAGGAAAUAUACCGUCAUUGGCGUACCACAGUGCCACGUUCUAUAAGAAGGAGCUGUAUGUAUUUGGAGGAGUGCAGCCCAGCCGAUGUCCUGAAGGCAAGGUUUGCAGUAAUGCAUUGUACAUUUUCAACCCUGAACAUGGUCUGUGGUAUCAGCCGAUUGUGGAGGGUGACCGUCCUCUGCCCAGGUUUGGGCACUCCACCACGCUGCUGUCAAACAAGAUGAUCAUUUUUGGUGGGAGAAAAACUGCCACCUACCUCAGUGAUCUUCACAUCCUGGAUCUUGGCUUCAUGGAAUACACUGCUGUAAAGUACGAGAACAUGCCACCAUUGGCCCGUGGGUUUCACGCUGCUCUACCCGUGUCUGACAACAGGGUGCUGAUCAGCGGAGGCUGCAGUGCUGUAGGAGCCCUACAGGACCUCCAUCUCUUUAACUUAGAUACAAGCUCAUGGACAUCAGUGGUGUCUCCAUUGCUUUGCUCUAAGCCUCGCGCAGGCCACAGUCUGAUAAGCCUGGGCUCUACAAAGACUUUAUCUUCAGACCCGAGGGAUCGCCGUCAUAGCAACAUCCUAGUAUUUGGAGGGUCAGAUUGUUCAGGAACAUUUUAUAAUGACACCGUUAAAUGCCCGGUUGAACUUCCCGUUUAGGAUCAGGGACUACAGGAUUUUUCUCUUAGAAAUUAAUCUAGGGUACUUACAGAAACAUGAUAGAAAACACUUGAACUUGAGAAGCACUUUUAGCAUUUGUUUUUUAACGUUGCAUUGAUGCAGUUUUAGCAUGAACAGCUGUUUUACAGCUACCGUUUUUAUAUUGAUUUCCUUAAAAGCAAGCAAAGCCUUCACUCUCUCUCACGUGUAGUUCAGAUUUGUAUUUAGUACAUUCAGAGACUCGAUGUAUUUUUGUGCAAUAAAUGUUUUCUCUUAUUUUGCACGUACUUUACAUGUUUUCACAUUUGUAUUUUUGUCCACUUUGUAUGUUUCACAUUGCACUCACACAUUUUCCUUUAAGUCACUGGUAUGUACAGCUCAUGUCUUGUUCAUAGAUGUCUGAAAGUUGCAAAAAGCGACUAUAGUCUUUUCACCAAAGCAAUAAAUGCAAUACUUUGC